AUGCCUUCCACCUACAACAAAGAAAAGGCAUGGGAUACGGAGGACAUCGAUAAGUGGACUAUCGAAGAAUUCAAGGCCGAACACAAUGUCGCCGGAAAUUUCGCGGAGGAGUCCUCCUUCAUGACCCUCUUCCCCAAAUACCGUGAAGUAUACCUAAAGGAAGCAUGGCCCGUUAUUACUAGGGCACUGGAGAAGCAGGGCAUUGCUUGCACUCUGGAUUUGGUAGAGGGUAGCAUGACCGUGAAAACAACCCGCAAGACCUACGACCCGGCCGCUAUUUUGAAGGCGCGUGACCUUAUCAAGCUACUCUCCCGUAGUGUUCCGGUCGCCCAGGCGAUGAAGAUCCUCGAAGACGGCGUGGCAUGCGACAUCAUCAAGAUCCGCAACCAAGUGCGCAACAAGGAGCGAUUCGUGAAGCGCCGACAGCGUAUUCUCGGCCCCAACGGUUCUACCAUCAAAGCCCUCGAACUGUUGACAAGCACCUACAUUCUGGUGCAAGGUAACACAGUGGCGUGCAUGGGGCCGUUCAAGGGAUUGAAGGAGAUUCGACGAAUUAUCGACGACUGCAUGGCGAACAUCCACCCGAUUUACCACAUCAAGGAGUUGAUGAUCAAGCGCGAGCUGGCAAAGGACCCGACACUGGCGAACGAGUCGUGGGACCGAUUCCUGCCCAACUUCAAGAAGCGCACGCUUUCCAAGCGUCGUGUUCCUCACAAUGUUACCGACAAGACCAAGAAGGUUUACACGCCAUUCCCGCCCGCACCCGAGAAGAGCAAGGUCGAUCUCCAGAUCGAGUCUGGAGAAUACUUCCUUUCGAAGGAGGCGAAGGAUCGUGCGCAGAAGGAGGAGGUGGUCGAGCGGCAGCGCGUGAAACGCGAGGAAAAGAUGCGCGAGCGCGAGAAGGAUUUCAUUGCCCCCGAAGAGUCGGCGCCGGCCGAUCUCGACGCAGAGAAGAAGAAGAAGAAGGAGAAGAAGGAGAAGAAGGAAAAGCGGAAGCGCGAGGCCGAGGUCGAUGGAGAAGAUGCCGAUCACAAGGAGGAGAAGAAGAAGAAGAAGAAGAGCAAGUCCAAGCAUGUCUCCUCCGACGAGGAAUAA